GAGGAAAAACACGUCGUCGAAAAAUCCUCGCUUUUGCAAGAAAAUUUCUCUCUCUCUCUCUCUGUUUUCAAGAAUUGACAGGCCACCGACCCGCACUUAUAGGGACCCCAUAGCUUUGACAGAGCUCAUCUCAUCUCUCUCUCUCUCUCUCUCUGCUUCUGCAAUGGCCACCGACGAACUUCAAUUGCCCACGACGGCGGCGGCGGCGGCGGGGAUGGCCGCGAGCUCGAAUGGGUCGAAGAGGGAGAGGCCUGCGGAGAGCAGGUUGUUCGGCAGGAGCGCGUACAAGUUCUGGGUGCUGGCCGCGAUCCUCCUGCUCGCGUUCUGGUCGAUGCUGACCGGCUCCGUCACCCUCAAGUGGUCCGCCGGCAACCUCGCGAGGUUCUCCUCCGACUUGCUUGACUUGCCUUCCUACGAAGAUCUCGACAUCUUGGAAGUGGAGGAGAGAGAGAAGGUAGUGCGGCACAUGUGGGAUGUGUACACGCAGAGCAAGAGCAGCAGAUUGCCCAAGUUCUGGCAAGACGCCUUCCAGGCCGGUUACGAGUUCUUGACGAGUGAUGUGCCGGGCGUUCGCGACGUCGCCGUUUCGGAGAUCGCCAAGAUGUCCCUUCGCUCCUUCGCCUUCUCCGACCCUCUCGCUGCUCAUUCUCGUUCUGUGAGUGACAACCACCAAAGAGAGACUUCUGCAACAAUGCUCAAACCAGGACAGGGCGCUCAUGUUGCGAGGAUACUUUAACUAGAAUCUCUCUUCUGCACGAUGCACCUCACUGGAAUGCCUGACUAGCUGCUUCUGGUUUUUACUGAAGAUGGCUUGAUUACACUAAUAAAAUCCGUCGUUUGGAAGCAAAUAAUCCCCAUGGAAGACACUACUCGUAUCUCAGAAUCCCACGUCCUUGCACUGCACUUCCGUUCUUUCAGUUGGAAGGCAAUUACAUCAAGCUAUGUAUGAGCUUAUGCUGAACUAGAAAGCCCAUGAAGAUAUGGGUUUCAGUUUACAUUACAUGUGCGUAUGAGUGACUCUCCCAGGAGUUUCAUCUAGAGAUAGUCCAUCAGAAAUAAAAAGCAGAUCAAACUUCAGAUCA